UAGUAUCGCGAUUGUUUGGAUUUGCUAGCAGGGACCUGAGAAGAACCGGAGUAGUCAGCAGAGAAAACGGACAACCAGCUAGAGAAGCUAGCUCCUCCGCGGCCGUCAGUUGAUCCGCAGCCCCGAUUACUCCGACAUGAACUCAAACACAACCGGGCGACCAGCGGCAGAGGACGGGGAGCUAGAAGACGGAGAGAUCUGUGAUGAUGAAACCGAGGAGAGAGCUCCUCCGCGGCGGGGGGAGGGGCGUAGGCCUCGCGGCGGCCCCAGGCCACGGCCGAGGAAACUGCACCAAUCACCGCACAACAUGCGACCUCUACUGGGUCCCCCACCCCAGGAUUUCAGACACAUGAUGCCCUACAACCCCGUACCCCACCUCCACGGUCCGUUCCCCCCCAACCUUAGGCAGCCAGACCGGCCUCCUGCCCCUCCGCCUCCCGGGAUGCCGCCUCUGCCCCUGCCGCCGCCACCCGGACUCGGUAUGCAUGGAGAGACGAACAACCGGUCCAACUUCUGGGAGCGGAGCCACGGGGCCCUGGGGAGGUUCCGGCACCGGGUGAUGCCAAACGGAGGACGGGGCUCCUGGAACCGAGGAGGAGGACCAGGAGGGAACAUCAGGGCUGGGCCUGGAAGAGCUGGACCCAUAGAGCUCCACGGAUCUCCGUCCAGGAAGCAGAAGCAGCCGCCGAGGGUCCGGGUCAGGAAAGUGGGUUCUAGCGUGAACAGGGCCAGUCCCAGUAUGGACGAAAGCUUCGAGGAUCUUCUGUCCAAGUACAAGCAGAUCCAGCUGGAGCUGGACUGCAUCCGUAAGGCGGAGACUAUGGCGCUGGAGCCCGCAGCUUCACCUGUCCCAGAGACUGACGCCGCCCCUGCUGCUGCUCCUCCUGUGGAGGCCAGACUGACACCAGAACCAGCACCAGAACUGCCUUUGGAUCCUCCAGGUGCUGAACAGCUGGAGAAGAGUGAAAAUAAAACUUUCCUUGCGUUCAACAUCAAACCGCUUCGACAUAAACUUCCCACGCCUGCUGACCUGGAUGAGGUGCGGUGCAAGUUGGAAGGGCAGGAUGCAGGAGGGGGGGCAGAUGGUGCAGAACCAGGAAGCUCGGCGGCCACAGAACUUGAAGGAAAUGUUGCUGCGACUGUGGAGGAGAAGCUGAGCGCUUCCUGUGGUGAGGAGGCCGAUCAGGAGGAGAAACAAAACGCUCAGGAUGUCAGCUUUUGUCGCAGCGAAUCGUCUGCCUCCAGCGAGGAAUCGACUGACAAGCCUGUGGAGAAGCUGGAGGAGGAGGAGCUGUCAGAGCUGCAGCUCCGCCUCCUGGCGCUGCAGUCAGCCAGUAAGAAGUGGCAGCAGCAGGAGCAGCAGGUGAUGAAGAAGAGCAAAGACCGCAUCGUUAAAGCCUCCCAGGAGAAGAACUCCGCUCCUGGUUCUGGAGCCACUCCUCCGGACAGACAGCGAGUCACGACCCGGUCGGCGGCGGCCGCCGCUGCAGAGCAGAACAGCAGCAGGUCCAAACCUUUGGAGAAAGACAGAGCCAAGAGCGGGCCGAGACCGGCUGACAGGGACCGCCUCAAGCAGAGUCCUAAACCCGGUUCCAGAGUCCCGGCUGACAGGAGCCGGACCCCAGCAAGAGCUCACGGCACCAAGAGGCUGAUCAGUCCAGGCUCCAUGGCCAAGCAGGCGGCCCGGAAGCAGCAGCUACGAACCUGGAAGCUGCAGCAGCAGCGGAAACAGGAGGAUAACUGGCGGCAGGAAGACGAGGAUCGGCGGAAACGCGAGGAAGAAAUCCGCCGGAUCCGGGACCUUUCCAACCAGGACGAGCAGUACAACCGCUUUAUGAAGUUGGUGGGGGGACGGAGGACCCGCAGCAGGUCCAGAGACCAGGACCUCAGGAAGUGUGCUGGAAAGCCCGGCCUGGACACGUCAGGGAACCUCUACCAGUACGACAACUAUGAUGAGGUUGCCAUGGAUACAGACAGUGAGACCAGCUCCCCAGCGCCGUCACCGAAGCACACCCUGGUGCCUGCAGAUGAGUCCUUGCCCCCCCAUCUGGGGUUCUACGGGGCUGAGGCGGCCGCCUAUGGGAUGGAUUUCUCGCAGGCCUUCCUCUCCCCCAUCCUGUCGGGCGUUCCUCCCCCACCUCCCCCUCUCCCCCCUCCUCCUGAUGAACCGGAGCCGCCCCCCAAGCCUCCGUUUGCUGACGAGGAGGAGGAGGAAGAGAUGCUGCUAAGGGAGACAUGUCUGAUGUCGAUGGCCAACAAAAGGGUGGCGGCGGCUGAGGGUGUUUUCUGUCCUGAGCAGAAGAGCUCCAGCGGUCCUCCGUCUCCCAGCGCCCCGCCUCCUGCGGAGGUCCAGCCGCCUCCCAGAGGGAAUCUAAGCACGGUCAGCCUGAACACGGUGCCUCCAUCACGCAGCAGCAGGUUCAGCAGAGCGCUUCCCGCCGCCAGAGGUCCACUGGUGCUCCCCAGGCACAAGUCAGUGGUGGUUUCCCUCAAAGACUCGGAUGACAGCGACUCGGACAUGGAUACCUGCAGCUCCUCGCAGGCCGUGUUCGGAGGUCUGGAGUUCAUGAUCAAAGAGGUCCGGAGGACUGUGGAGGCGACGAAGCCGAAAGCAGCAUCAGGAAGCGAGAAGGAGAACAACCCGGUGAGAACUCGAGAAACACUACCAGAGGCCAAGAAGGCAGAGUACCGCCUCCUCAAAGAGGAGAUCGCCAGCAGGGAGAAGCAAAGGCUGCAGAAAGACCACGGCUCCUCUGCUGCCUCUGAACCCGUCCUGGAUUCCUCCAAACCAUCUGCGGAGCUCAGGCUGACUGAGGCCGAGCAGAAACUCAACAAGCACAGAGAUCUGCUGCAAAGAGACGAGGCCGUCCUCAGACAUCUGCUACAGCAGGAGCUGAAGAAGACGGAGACGCUGAGAGCGUCUGAGACCAAGGUGAUCAAACUGAGGGAGCAGCUGCAGGCGUCUGAGAAGAUCGUGGCGGCCAACAGGGCGCUGCUGAAGAAGCUGCAGGAGCAGGUGCAGCGCGUUGAAAAGCGUGUGUCCCUGAAGAAAGUGGUGGCCGUCCGACUGGAGCAGGAGCUGAUGCAGGCUCAGCUGGCCGCCGGCAGAGGACCCAAACGGCCCGCAGAACUCAGCCAGACCGUGCCCAGUAAGGUGCAGCGUCUGGACGCGCCCCCCCGCGGCUCAGAGCGGCACUUCGCCGAGCUCAUCGCUCAGAAACGGCGUCUACAGCAGCUGGAGUCCGAGUACGCGCUCAAGAUCCAGAAACUGAAGGAGGCUCAGGCUCGGCAUAACAAAGCGGUCCCGGCAGAACCGCCGGCUCCAGCCUCCACCCCCCCGCCUGCAGCCCAGAGCCAGCAGCCUCCCCCCGCAAGCCCCUUCCACCUACCUCAGCCGUCUCUGCACGACCUGUCCCAGGACAAGCUGGUUCUGGACAGCGAGGACAUCCCUGAGGAUCCAGAUCCCGCCCCUCCCUCGGCUGCGGUCAAAGGCGGCCGCCGAUCCUCCCUCAGGAAGUCCAGCACCUCCUUCACCAAACCCCACCUGGAGACUCCGACCUCUGCGUCUCCUAAAGAUGCCGCCGGCUCCAAGCCAACCAAGAUGGCCUCCAGCUCGGAGGUCCCCGAGCAGAAGUUUGCAGGUCUGGACCUCGAUGGCCUGAAGAAGAGAUACCAGCAGCAGGAACGGCUGGAGGAGCUGCUGCAGAGGGAGCUGAUAAGAAUACAGGAGGAUCUGAACGACCCGCCAGCUGGACAGGUGAUCCCUGUGGAGCUGGACGCUGGGAACCAGCCUGUGGUAUCAGAGCUGAAGCCGGUGUCCUUUGAGCCGUACCACAGCCCCCUGCUGGUCUUCAAGUCCUACAGGUUCAGCCCGUACUACAGAACCAAGGAGAAGUUUUCUCUGAGCUCUGUGACAUACAGCAACACCAUCGAACCAAACAAGUGUUUCUGCCGCUUCGACCUGAGCGGAACCUGCAACGACGACGGCUGCAGAUGGCAGCACAUGAGGAACUGCACCAUGGGUGGGAACCAGCUCUUCCAGGACAUCCUGUCCUAUAACCUGACUCUGAUCGGCUGUUCAGAGAGCAGCUCGGACGAGGAGAUCCGCACCGCCACAGAGAAUUACAUGAAGAAGCUGUUUGGUCCAAACAAAGACCGGAUGGGCGUCGAUCAGAAAGCCGUUCUGCUCGUCAGUAAAGUCAACGAGAGCAAGAGACACGUGCCUCCAUACACAACCUGCAAAGACACGAGGAGGUGGAAACCAAAUCCGUCGGCACAGAUUCCCGCCAACCCAGAGGAUGACUGCGAUGACGAGGCAGCGGCUGCAUAUCUGACCCCCGAAGAAGGAGCCGACCUCUCUCAGAGCGUCAUGCUUGCUGUGGACGUGGUGACCUCCGACGACCGCCGCUACUUCAUCAGCGAGACGGACGACAUCUCCAACCUGGAGGCGAGAAUCCUGGAGAGUCCAAGAGACACUCAGCUGUGGAUCAAACUUGCCUUCAAGUACCUGAACCAAAGCGAGGCCUCUGCAGCCGAGUGUCUGGAAGCAGCUCUGAACACCUUGUCUCGAGCUCUGGAGAGCAACUGUGAUGACCCCGAGGUGUGGAGCCACUACCUAUCUCUGUUCUCCAGGCGAGGCAGCCAGGAGGAGGUGCGGGAGAUGUGUGAGAUGGCCGUGGAGCACGCGCCCAACCACAGAGUGUGGUGGAAGUACCUGAACCUGGAGAGCUCGUUUGAGGGGAAAGACUACGUGUGCGACCGCCUGCUGCAGUUCCUGCAGACCGAGGCGUCGGCGGGCGUCACUGAGAAGCUUUCCUUCCAGCUGAUGGAGGCUCUGCUCUACAGAGUGCAGCUGAGUCUGUUCACAGGCCGGAUGGAGAGCGCCUUGGCCAUCUUACAGGCGGCCUUAAAAUCCACUAAGGAUCACAGCGUCGCCGAGUUCCUGACGGCCAGCCACAGGGCGCUGCUCUGGCUCUCCUACAUCCACCUGACCGAAUUUGACCAGCUUCCAUCCAGCCUCUACGACCCGGUGCAGUCCGGCCCGGGGCGGCUGGUCUGCACAAAGUCCUUCCAGCUGCCGUGGAGAACGCAGCAGGACAUCAGCACGCCGCCCGACAUCCUCGUCGCUCUGUUCAAAGACGCCAUCAGUCAGUGUAGCGAGGAAUCUGUGCCGGACAGCGAGAGGACGCUGGCCUGCAUGCCGCUCUACGCCAACCUCAUCCUGCUUUACAAGGUGCUGCAAAGGUACGAUGAGGGCGUGGCUCUGUGUGUCUCCCUGCUGGAGUUCUGCCCCGACUCGUGCUCGCUGCGUGACGCUCUGGCCGACCUCCACAUCAGCAGAGGAAACGGCGAGCAGGCCGUCAGCAUGUGGCUGAACGCUCUGGCCGACUGCCCACACAACGCCCAGGUGUUCUACCACUGCUGCAGGUUCCUCGUGGCUCAGGACAAGUCCAACGCCAUCCCUCCUCUGUUCCGCGGGUUCAUCCUGUCCCUCUGUGAGGACGAACAGAGUCAGAAGGCGCCUGUGGACAUCCUGCGACACUUCUUAGGCUUUUCAACCCAGGAGCAUCUGAGUGGCGCCAUCAUCAGGAAGGAGCUGGAGGAGCAGCUCAGGCAACAAACAUCUUUCCUUCACCUAAUUCACUGUCGUUGGAUGUGGCUGCACGGCUCUGAGGAGGAGGCGGUAGAGGCCUUUGAGCAAGCGUUGGGGUCGGUGCUGCAGCUGGAGGACCUUCACACCCUGUGGAUGGACUACCUGCUGUUCAGCUGCAGGCCGCAGACCCUCAGCGCCUCCAGGAAGCUGUUCCCAGAUCUGGUCCAUCGCUGCCUCAGCACGCUCCCCUCACGGCUGGAGCAUCCCUUCAACCCCGCACAGUUCUGGAGCUGCUACCACUUCCAUAACAAGGUCGUGUCCCUCUACCUGAGACAUGUGCCGCAAUCCCAGCAUGCUUUGGUGCUGGAGAGGCUGAGAAACGCCAUGCCAGGCAACACUGAGCUGGGCCUUAGGUUGCUGCAUCAGGAGUUUGUUGAGGGAAACAUGGAGCAGCUGAAGUUUCAGGCCCGUAUGCUGACCACCAACACUCCCAGAUGUUUGUCCAGCUGGAGAAUAGCGAUCGCUGUGGAGCUGGAGCUGAAGGAGCGUGGCCAGGUGCGUCUUCUGUAUCAGCAAGCUCUCCAAAACCUGCCGCUGUGCGCCGCCCUGUGGAAAGAUCGGUUGUUGUUCGAGGCGGCGGAAAGCGGAGCCUCCGACCGUCUGCAGCGGCUGGUGGACAGCUGCCAACAGGCGGGGGUCAUCUUAAGUGUCGGGGGGGUGGAUCUGUGAUCAGACUGAUAGUAGAGCUGAUCAGUGGGUGACUGAUUGACGAGGUAAGGCCACGCCCCCAGCCUGCCACCCUACCUCAGUGAAUGUAAGUAUGAGCUGCUGCUGAGUGACGCCUUUGCUCUUCACCACCUUCUCUUUAGUUGCUCUCACCUUUCAGUUGGACCCAUUUCCCUCCCCUUUUUUUUAUUUCACUCACUUAAGAAGCGGUGGGGCAGCCACACCCCCCCUCCCCCCCCCACUUUUAUUUUUUGUUUUCUAUGUGUGUGGACUUUUAUUUUGGUAAAACUGAUCAAAGACAAGUGUUCAGGCUGUUGAACCGGUAUCAGUGUGAAGACGGCCGCCUGCCGCUGUAGUGUUUUCUGAUUGGCUGAUAUGUAAGAGACUGCCACGGAAACCGAGUCGCCACGGGAAGCCGCAGAACUCAGCCGGACUGCUCAUGUGCAAUCUGUUGUCGUAACAACUAAAAAGACUUUUGUUCUGCCAGUGUUGUUUUCUACAUAUUAAAUGUUAUUAAAUUAUUUUUUAUAAAGAUG